UUAGUCACUAUUCUGCAAAUUAACAACAUCCUUCAAUUCCUCUAAAUCAAUCUCUAAAAACAUAAUAAUUAUCCUUUAAAUCAAUCUCUAAAAACAUAAUAAUUAAUGGAUCCAGAAACCCAGCACUUAACCACCUCUAGUGCCACUUCCUCCUUCCUCAACACAUGUUUCAAUGGUCUCAAUGCUCUAUCAGGUGUCGGGAUUAUAACGGUUCCAUAUGCGUUGGCGGCAGGAGGGUGGUUGAGCUUGCUACUGCUUUUCACAAUAGCCAUCUCAACAUUCUACACCGGUUUACUUAUUAAAAGAUGUAUGGAUACUGAUCCUACAAUAAGAAGUUAUCCGGACAUUGGAGAUCGUGCAUUUGGUAAAACCGGUAGGAUCAUCGUAUUAAUCCUCAUUAACAUGGAGCUUUAUUUAGUUGCUACUGGUUUUUUAAUCAUGGAAGGUGAUAAUUUAAGCAAUAUGUUUCCACAAAUGGACUUUGAUAUUUUGGGGGUUCAUGUAAGUAGCAAGAAAAGCUUUGUUAUAAUCGUUGCGGCCAUCAUUCUCCCCACUACUUGGUUGAAUAACAUGCGACUUCUUUCGUAUAUAUCAGCAAGUGGUGUCCUAGCAUCUUUGAUCGUGUUAGGCUCAGUCUUGUGGGUUGGUGUGUUUGAUGGCGUCGGGUUGCAGGAAAAGGGUAGAUUAGUAUCUUGGAACGGGAUGCCUUCGGCUAUUAGUUUGUAUGCUUUCUGCUAUGGUGUGCAUCCGGUCCUCCCUACUUUGUAUACUUCCAUGAGGAACAAACAUCAGUUCUCAAAGGUGUUGCUACUAUGUUUUGUUUUCAGCACAGUUACUUACUCUUCAAUGGCAGUUAUUGGUUACCUCAUGUUUGGUUCAAAGGUAGAGUCACAAAUUACCUUAAGCCUUCCUACCGACAAAACAAGCUCACGGGUGGCAAUAUUCACCACCCUGGUGACUCCUAUACUUAAAUAUGCACUACUGGUGACACCAAUUGUCGACUCAAUCAAAGAACGAUUGCUAUAUUCUUUCAAUACAAAAAAGUAUAGCCUCUUGAUCAAAACAUCACUCGUAAUAACCACGGUAGUUGUAGCCAUAGCACUUCCUUUCUUUGGGGAUUUGAUGUCACUUGUGGGGGCGCUUUUAAUUGUCGCAGCAUCGUCUAUAUUGCCAUCGUUGUGUUACUUGAAGAUUUCAGGCACUUACAAGAUAUUUGGACUUGAGUUGGUGCUUAUUGGAUUCAUUGUGCUCAUUGGGAUUUUGGUUGCAAUUAUGGGUACUUACACAGCAUUGGCAGAUAUACUAAGGAAACUGUAAGCUAGAAAUUACUAAUUGUGAAACUAGAGAGCAUUGAGAAUCUUUGUAGUUAGAAUUCAGGUUUGUAGGUUAUGUGUAAUGCAUCCCAUUCUUUUGAGAACUAUGAGUUAACAUGGAUUAGUUGCGAAAAAAGUUUAACAUCUUUUAUUAUACUCACAAUGUUACUAC